AUGAGCGAAUUAGAUCAGCUAAGACAAGAGAGUGAACAACUCAAAAAUAUGAUUAGAGAGGCUCGCAAAGCUGCAGCUGAUACCACUUUACUUCAGGCAGCUUCUAAUGUGGAGCCUGUUGGGCGAAUUCAAUUGCGUACUCGUCGUACUUUACGUGGCCAUUUGGCUAAAAUUUAUGCUAUGCACUGGAGCACUGAUUCGCGUAAUCUUGUUUCAGCUUCACAAGACGGUAAACUAAUAGUGUGGGAUGGAUAUACUACUAAUAAGGUUCAUGCUAUUCCCUUAAGAAGUAGCUGGGUCAUGACAUGCGCAUAUGCACCUUCUGGUAACUAUGUAGCAUGCGGAGGUUUAGACAAUAUUUGUUCUAUCUACAACCUUAAAACACGCGAAGGAAAUGUACGUGUUAGUCGUGAACUACCAGGACAUACAGGAUACCUGUCAUGUUGUCGUUUCAUUGAUGACAGUCAAAUUGUGACUAGUUCUGGUGAUGUCACCUGUGGACUCUGGGAUAUUGAAACUGGCCAACAGGUCGCUACAUUCACAGGUCAUACAGGCGAUGUCAUGAGUUUGAGUUUAGCUCCUGAUUUGCGAAGUUUUGUUUCAGGUGCUUGUGAUGCAUCUGCAAAGUUAUGGGAUAUACGUGAUGGUCAGUGCAAACAGACAUUCACUGGACAUGAAUCAGAUAUUAAUGCAAUUACUUUCUUUCCGAGUGGUUUGGCUUUUGCUACUGGUAGUGAUGAUGCUACCUGUCGAUUGUUUGAUAUUAGAGCUGAUCAAGAAAUUGGAAUGUUUAGUCACGAUAAUAUUAUUUGUGGAAUAACUAGUGUAGCGUUCAGUAAAAGUGGAAGACUGCUACUUGGUGGAUAUGAUGACUUCAAUUGUAAUAUAUGGGACACUCUUAAACAGGAACGAGCUGGUAUAUUGGCUGGUCAUGAUAAUCGUGUCAGUUGUUUGGGUGUAUCUGAAGAUGGUAUGGCAGUUUGCACAGGAUCAUGGGAUAGCUUCCUGCGAAUAUGGAAUUGA